UUCUGACCCAUUAACGCGCUUUUUGGGGCGGAUAACCCCUGAGGAAGUGGACUCGGUGUAUUCAGCAGCAUGUCUGUGUGUGUGGAGCAGCAGCCUGAGGGUGGUUCCGCCUGCCCCGGGGCAACAAAUCCCCCUGAGUCAUGUGACCAGGGCAACAGAAACACAACACCAGGGGCAGAAAGUCCUGAGGAGGAGAAGGAGGAAGAGCACACACACGACAUGGAGGAUGGUAAACUGACUGAAGAUGAAGUGUGUGAACAUCUCUCCAAUCUGGGUCGCUCGGCUACAGGACAACAGCAUGUCUACCUGUCCCUCUCUAUACCUAGGAAAAGCUUGAAAAACGUGUCCAUUUUGUCCAGUUAUGUCCAUCUUCAAAAACUUGAACUUCCCAACAACAAAAUAAAAGAUUUAUCCUGCGUCAGCCACAUGCCAUACCUCAUCAUCCUCGACGCUUCCCACAAUGAGAUCUCGGACUUCUUUGGAUUCCAACCGCCUAAAAAUCUCAAGGAAGUGGAUUUCUCUCACAACCACAUUUCUUUAAUGAAGGAUUUGUCGGCCUAUGCUUCUCUCCACAAGCUCAGUCUAGACUAUAACUCCAUCAGCGAAAUCCGGGGGCUGGAGAAGUGCAGCAGCCUGACUCACCUUAGCAUGGCGCACAACAAGAUCUUACGUAUCAGCGGUCUCAGAAAUCUACCACUCAGACAGCUCUGCCUGAUUUUGGACUUGUCUUCUAACAGAAUUCAAAGCCUUUCCGGUCUUCAGGACCUCCACCUCCUGGAAAACAUCAAUCUUGAAAGCAAUAUGAUCGGUGAGAUCAAAGAGUGUACACAUGUGCAAUACCUUCAACUAGUGAGAAAACUGAAUCUCAAAAGAAACCCAAUACAAGCUAAUGAUCAUUUUAAUACCAAGUUUUAUUCUUGUUUGCUAAAGGAACAGCCCGACUACAAACUGGCAGUGAUUUUCAUUCUCGGUCAACUUACUGUUCUGGAUGAGCGACCAGUGACUGUUGAGGAAAAGGUUUGGGCUGUGAACAAGUAUGAUCCGUCUCUAGAGGUUGUGGCAGCAAGAGAUCACAUGACCCACAUGAUGUACCAGCAAAUGCAGCCGCAAUGCAUUUUUGACAGCACCCUGCCCAGUCUGGACACUCCAUACCCCAUGUUGGUCCUGACAGGUCCACAGGCAUGUGGGAAGCGAGAGCUGGCCCAUAAACUCUGUCACGAGUUUAGCGACUACUUUGGUUAUGGGGCUUGCCACACCACCAGGGGGCCCUAUUUUGGGGAGGAAGAUGGGUGUGACUACCACUUUGUUCAGGAUGAAGAAUUUCAAAACAUGAUUUGUAUGGGCAGCUUUGUGCAGACGAUGCAGUAUGGAGGACAUUGGUAUGGGCUGUCUCGAGAGGCCGUCGAGAGCGUCGCCCGAGAUGGGCUUGCCUGCUGUGUUCAUAUGGAGCUGGAGGGUGUGUUUAGUUUGAAAACCUCGUACUUUGAACCGAGGUACAUCUUGCUGAUCCCGACCAGAACCGAGGACUACAUUUCACGCAUGAAGGCCCGAGGCUUCUACACGAACAGCCAGAUAGAGAAAGCUGUAUCACGGAUCGAACUCUACACCAAAAUCCACAGGGAGCGGCCUGGCUUUUUUGACAGCGUGAUCGUCUGCGAUGAUCGAAAAGAGGCUUACAGUGCUCUGAGGCAGAUUAUAAAGGAAUACCUGGGUCUGGAGGAGCAGGAGAAAGGAGAUGAAGGACCGAGCACCAGAGAUACACCGCAAAAUACCCCCUCAGAUGAGUGUGGUGAAUCUACAGCAUAUAAGAAGCUAGAAGCCAAACCUACAGACGCCUACAGCCAAAACGACUCCAGCAAAGACCAAGCCAGGCUGAUGCUGCUGCUGCCUCCCAAAACCUCAGCAGAACUGGCGUCUAUCCAGAGGAGGCAGCAGAUGGUUCGAGAAGCCCUGGUGGGAAAGAUUCCCAGGGCUUACACACAGCUCUUUAAACGAUACGUUCAUACAGCUCCGUCCUUACUGACCCCACAUCCCCUGUCCGCGGACCAUAAUGAGCACAGCAGCUCAGAGGAAUCCUGCACCAGUUCUGGCCUGAGCAUGAACAGCUCAGCAGGAGUUCGCUCUGUCGGAAGCCCAGCCGAGGGUUUGGAUGCCGGGUCACGGCCAAAAGCGGAGUCUCUGGAUGUCUUCCUGUUGGGGCAAAACCUGGAAGCACUCAGAGAUCGCAUGGAGCCGGGUCUGAGCCCAGAUUCUUCAAGCUCAGCUCCCGAGAGAACAUCCCCAACUGUAGUCUCCUCUCCAGGACGUCCAGGCUCCAAAGCCAAACCCAUUCUUCCGCCCAUCCCACUGGGGCGCAAAGCCACUGAAUCUGGAUCUAAGCAGCAGCUGACAGGGCAGGCAGGACAGGUGGAGGAGGAGGGAUAGCUAAGAGAGAGAGAGAGCAAUAAGAAUGGGAUUGUAGUAGGUAAUACAUAUUGCUAAUAGAGUCAUGGAUCUGUACAGUAUGUUAGAUUUACUGUAAGGUCAGAGGUAAAGCCUGUGGUCGUCUGUAGGCAGAUCAUCUUGAGAGUAGUGAUUAAAACCUAAAAGCUACAGUAUAUCUUACUUGUCUGAUGUCCUGAAGAGUUUGAAAGCUAACUAAGAUCAGUGUAGUGAGCAGCCACAAAAAAUAAAAAUAAAUACUAUUUAUAUAGUCUUAGAUAUGUUAUUAAGGUAAUAAUUAAAAAAUUCAAACACAUGCAUAAACUCUCCAAACAUUUGUUUAAAAAGAAUUUUAAACAUUUUGAACAAGAUGUCCCGUUCUAGUCUUUUUUGUUUGUUACUUACUGAGACCCCAAAGGAACAAGGUAGGAGAGACAAUGGUUUGCCCUGUCUUUGAGAGAUGGAUGAGAGCACUGUAUAAUUGGGUCAUUGUAACAACAGUGACUGCUAGACAAUUUCUAAAGUCACCUCUAUAAAUGUGUUGUUUUUGAAGUAUGCUUCAUUUUCGUU